CAGUCGUAAGCUUACAGUACGCUUUAGGGCUUUAUUCUGAAAAGGAGGCAUUCUUUUCCUUUUCAUUUCACUUUUACGAUCAGUCAGAAAAAGGAAAGUGCAAAGAGAAACGACUAGAGCGAAAAGGAGAAAAUGUCCGGGGAGAUUGAAGAAGACGAGGAACGACGUCGUCAAAGGAAGCUUGAAGAAGCUCUUGAAGUCAAAUCCCUUCGCCGUAUUAUCAGUGCCUACCUCAAUUAUCCAGAGGCUGCAGAGGAGGAUGUCAGAAGAUAUGAAAGAUCGUUUAAGAAGCUUCAACCUGCUCACAAGGCUUUGUUGCCCCACUAUCCUUUAAAGUUCCAAAAUCUAAGAAGGUGUAUUUCUAUGAAUUCGUAUUUCAUAUUUUCCAUGCUUCAGGCAUUUGAACCUCCUUUAGAUAUGAGCCAGGAUGUGGAUGGUUGUGAGGAUCCACACCUAGAAAACAUUGAACAUGAACAUUGCCACUCUGAGGAGAGAAAUGCAUCCUCUUGCUGUUCUGCAUCAACCAGUGGAAGAAUGUGUUGUUCCAACCAUGCUCAAGUGUGUUCUCAGGAAAGAAGCUGUGUAAUGAGCAAUCCAACAGCACAGGAGGUGCAAAGUGAACAUCAACAUGUGCCCAUCUCUGGAAGCAGUGCUGGAGAAGUGGGAAAUUACAAAGACAUAUCUGCGAGUUGUGGAAAUGAUGUCAUCGAUUGCAAUGGGAAUAUGUUUUCAUCUCCACAUGACUGGUUGAAUCCAUCAUUGCAGUUGAAUGUUCCACUGGCUGAUGUUGAUAAGGUCCGUUGCAUAAUAAGAAAUAUAGUUCGAGACUGGGCAGCAGAGGGAAUGAAAGAACGUGAUCAGUGCUAUAAGCCCAUUCUUGAAGAACUUGAUGCUCUAUUUCCCAAUCGGUCCAAAGAGAGCCCUCCUGCAUGUUUAAUUCCUGGUGCUGGACUUGGGCGGCUUGCCCUAGAGAUUUCAUGCCUUGGUUUCAUAAGUCAAGGAAACGAAUUUUCAUACUACAUGAUGAUAUGUUCAAGUUUUAUUCUUAAUCGUACUGAGACAACUGGACAAUGGACAAUAUAUCCUUGGAUCCACAGCAAUUGCAAUUCACGUUCAGACAAUGAUCAACUUCGUCCUGUUUCGAUACCAGAUAUUCUUCCAGCAAGUGCAGGGAUUACUGAAGGAUUUUCUAUGUGUGGUGGGGAUUUUGUUGAAGUCUAUAAUGAUUCCAGCCAGAUCAGAUUCUGGGAUGCUGUUGUGACUUGUUUCUUUAUCGACACAGCACACAACAUCAUUGAGUACAUUGAAAUUAUAUCCAGAAUUUUGAAGGAGGGUGGAGUUUGGAUAAACUUUGGACCUCUACUGUAUCACUUUGCAGACAUGUACGGUCAGGAAGAUGAGAUGUCACUUGAAUUGAGCUUGGACGAUGUAAAGAAGACUGCUUUUCAUUAUGGUUUUGAGUUAGAGAAAGAGCAAACCGUUGAGACAACCUAUACUACAAAUCCCCGAUCCAUGAUGCAAAACCACUACUAUGCUGCAUUUUGGACAAUGCGAAAGAAAAAAACGUCUACAACAUAGCAUGCAAGAGAUAAUAUGCGUUCCUUUAUUAACAGACUCAGGUUAUAUUUUUCAUUUGGAUUUUUCUAUAUAUAAAGACAUAAUUUCCCGUUUGUUGUUAGUUUGGAUUAUUACAAAACAUAAACUGCCAUUUUUACAAUCAUUUCUUUGAUAAAAUAUAGAUUUAUGCAAUCAGCAUAUUCUGUUUA